AUGUUGGAUAUUAGGAAAAAUUUCUACACAGAAAGAGUCAUCAAGUGUUGGAACAGGGUGCGCAGGGAGGCCCUGUCCGUGGCAGCAUUCAAGGAAUGUGUGGAUGAGGCGCUCAGGGUGAGAUGCAGGCUGACGGGCCACGAGAUGCCGUGCAGGCUGGCGGAGCUGCAGGCAUACACCAACGGCAGGAGGUACCAGCGGCUCACAAAGGCAGCCAGGGAGUUUGACUACAGCAAGUUUGAGCCCCACGUAGUGCCGAGCACCAAGAACCCGCAUCAGCUGUUUUGCAAGCUCACUCUCAGGCACAUCAACAAGUUUCCGGAGCAUGUGCUGCGUCAUGUCCAAGGGAAACGCUAUCAGAAGGCCCUCAAAAGAUAUGAGGAGUGCCAGAAAGAGGGAGUCGAGUAUGUCCCUGCCUGCUUGAGACAGAAGCAGCAGCAGAGGCGACGUGCUGAUGACCAGGUGAACGGGAGCAGACGGCCUUACAGAAAGGAGGAAUUUUGGGAGCCUAAGUCCAGUGACGAGGAUGGAGAGGAGACGGAUGACAGCAUGAGUGACCUGUACCCACCUGAACUCUUCUCAGAAAAAAGCCCAGCAGCUCCCCAGGAUGCUGAGAGCACCGAUGGCUUCGCAUCAGACAGCGAGGAAGACGCGGCCGAGCUGACGGGGAAGAAUGGUGAUGUGAACAGGGAGGGCAGCAGGAGAAGGAACAUUAGCAGAGCAGCUGGCAACAAGAGGGGAAAGAAACAGUCAGGUGCUUUAAAGAAGAAAUUCAAGAGUCAUCAUGGAAAACCCCCAGAUUUCAAGAAAGCCACCACUGGCAAAUAA